CUCCAGGGACCCCGAUAAAAUGUCUGAGGACUCCAAACUGGCGUCCGUUCUGAUAGCGCCUAUGGCCCUUGACCCAAUUGCUCAACAGCGUCCUUAUGCUCUGUAGAAUUGCAGGCUAGGUCACAAUUUGCUGCAGUAACCAGCUUCCUAAUAAAAGCCCCUUAGAACCGGAAGAAAAAACGUCUAAACUUAAGAUACGCAUUAAACAUCUUAUUAUAAAUUGCUGAGUUUGGUUUAGGACAUCGCUGCUUGCUUACUAUGGUUGCAAGGACACUUCCAUUCCUAACCAACAAGCGCAUAGGUUAGGCCGUUUGCUUUUGUAGCGUUUGGUCAGCCCCUCCUCGUGCGUUUUGUCGCCGGGAGAGACAAGGAAGGCAGGAGGGCUGCGAGCUGGCACAUUUAGUUCUUACAGCGCGUACGUAAAGGAUGGUGAAAGCGGGCAAGAAGGUCAAGGGAGCAUCCAAGGUCCGUGACAAUGAGACGGAGGAGGAGCGGAAAAUCCGGCUGGAGAUGGAGGCGCUAGCGGCUGAUGAGGCGGAGCGAAGGGCCCAGGAGCAAGCCCGCGUGGCCCUGCGAGAGCGGCAGCUCCGGGAGCAGCGUUACGCGCACCUGAACGGAAUCAAGAUCCACAACCAAUGGCGCAAGAUCAUGCGCAUGGCCAAGGUGGAGGAGCUGCGGCGGGAGAUCGAGAUCCUCAGCCAGAACCACGAGCGGGAGGUGGACCGCAAGGACGCAAUCAUGCAGAUGUUGGAUCGCGACCUGGAGGAGGCCGAGGAGCAGUACAGCCUGGCGGUGCGGUCGCACAUGCUGGUGGUGGACAACCUGCUGGACCUGCAGUACCAACGCAUGCGCGCCCUGGAAGCCGAGUUCGCCGCCGACCUGCGCUCGCUGGAGGAUGAGUUCGAGACGGAGCGCACGGAGAUCGUGAACGCGCACACGCGGCAGCGCAAGGACAUGGGCGACAUGAUCGCCGCCAUGGAGGGAGAGUUCGCGGACGCGGAGGCGGAGCUGAGACAGGAGUACGAGGCUCAGCGCGAGGAGAUCAAGAACCGCAACAGCGAGGAGUACAACGUGUUGAAGAUCCAGCUGGAGGGCAUCAUCGAGGAGCUGGAGAAGAGCUUCGAGCUGGCCCACCGCGCCUACCUGGAGAGCACCGAGCACCGCACCAACACCUUCCGCACCCUCACCAAGGACGACGCCAAGGCCGCGCUCAAGAUCGAGCGCCAGAUGCGCAAGCUGGUGCGGCUGCAGGAGGCGCUGCAGCACUGGCGCACCAAGAUAGCCACCAACGCGCGAGAGUGGGAGGAGCGCAAUCGGGCGCUGCGGAACGAGAAGGAGAUCAUGGCGCGACACUACGCCAAGCUCAAGUCGAGCAUGGACGCCUUCCGCUCCGGCCAGUCCGAGCGUCUGAAGCAGCUCUCCCUCGCCUCCUCGGCCGCCAUGGACACCCUCAAAGCCAAGCUGGCAGUCGCUGAAAACGUCCUGAAGCUAGCGGAACUAGCCCGCAAGUACGAAACGGAGCAGGAGAAGGUGCUGCCGUUCUGGUCUCCGGCGGAGGCGGUGGCGGAGCCGGCGGAGGCGGCCGAUGCGGCAGCGGGG